AUGAAACUGUACGUCGGGUGACCCCUCCCCUCUCUCCUCUUUCCGCUCUGCUCCAAUAUGUCGAAUUCAACUGAAAGAUACCAGAAGCUAGCGUUUAAGGAAGCUUUGUCAAGAAUCCACCAUUACCCAGUAGCCUGCAAAGAUCUCAGCUUCAUUCUCAGAGAAGCUUAUCAAAAACUCCCUAAGAAUCUUCAAUCCGUCGUCUACCAAGACACCCUCACCGCCAUUCGUCUCCUUCCUGAAAUACAGACAUGCAGCGCUGUUUCAGCAGCCCAUCUUCUGCUCAGGAGCGCAGAGGCUGUAUUGCCCAAACAGAGGAAAAUUUUGGCUGUAACAGAAUUUAAACAUUCAAAGGUUGCUCAUAAGAGGCGCUCUAAAGCUCAUCAGGAGGAAGAAACUCCUGCUGCGACUGAAUUGCCACAAGAUGUUCUAUUACACAUCUUCAGCUUCCUGGAUAUCCAGUCUUUAGUUUCUGUCAGCCUAGUCUCUUGGUCAUGGAAUUUCGCAGCUCACAAUAACCAGCUGUGGCACUCCCUCUAUGCUAUAUUUUUUGGUAGCAAGUGUGACACUAUGCUGCAGAACGGAAGGCAGGGUGAAAAUAAGGAGUUCACUCUUUUGCAGGAGCAUGCGGAUGCUAGAACAAGUAUUGAUUGGAGAGAGGCCUUUAAAAGAAAAUAUAUGGGCAAUUCAUCAAAGAGGUUAGCAUCUAACAGGGGAUAUUGUGUUAAUUGUGAAACAAUAGUUUGGGUAGAUAAUAUGAAAUGCUGUAAUGGAGAAUGUGGAUUUUGGCAAAUCCUGCCUGUAUCUGCUCACCAGGUUGUUGAAUAUUUAUUAUACGGAUCAUCAUCAAUUCCAUCUUCUUCAGACAGUGACAGUGAAUCAGACGAAGGGUCGAUCCACAGGUUGUGGGCCUACCCCAGAUACAUGGGUAGAUAUCAGAAGGUUCAGAACAAGUAAAGGAAAAAUGCCAUCUUUUCAGUUAGGAGGAUCUUUCAAACAUAUGAUGCCUUGAAACUAAUGAAGGUCUCAUUUAUAGUGUUGAUUAGCUUUUACAGGUUUUUCAGUCCUGAACCCUGUCACGUUCAGAUGCUAAAGAGAUUUACAAAAGGGAAGGACCUCCAAGUCAUUGUCAACAUGCUCAAGUUUACCUACAGAUAAGUAAUUAUUAGUGGUAAUCCUCGCAUUGCAAUAGGUGACUUGAACUCUCAAGGCUCUACCAAUAUUGAGGAAUGAAAUUCUCAGUUCAAAAAAGAGGAAAAAAUUUGGUGGUCUGGUUCUUAUUUAUUUAUUUAUUUUCCUCCGAA